AUCUGGUUAAGAUCAUGAUCAUGGAUAAGAUCUAAGGUGAUCUAAGGUUAAGAUUAGAUUAAAAAGUUUACUUUUUACCUGCUUUUUACUUAUUUUUAUUUUCAAAUUCAAAUGAUUAAUGAAUAAAAUAUUAAUUCCAUAUUUAAUGAACUGAGCAAAUACAAAGACAUGGCGCUUAAUGACGCAUCUACCGCUCAAGAAGCACUGUUUGUAAAAUCCACAGUUGAUAAUUCUUUAUUAAAAGAAAAAGUUCAGGGAUACGACUGGUCCCAAGGAUUAGAUUACAAGAAACUAUUUAAUAGUUUUACACAUACCGGUUUUCAAGCUACAAAUUUUGGAUUAGCUGUCGAAGAAAUAAAUAGAAUGAUUGAAUGUCGAAAUUUACCCAUACCAACAGAUAAAUAUAUUGAUACCGAAGAUGAUUUUACAACAAUUAAGAAUAAUUGUACAAUUUUUUUAGGAUAUACAUCUAAUAUGGUAUCUAGUGGUAUUAGAGAAACUAUAAAGUUUUUAGUACAGCACAAAUUGGUAGAUUGUAUAGUUACCACAGCAGGUGGUAUUGAAGAAGAUUUUAUUAAAUGUUUAGCCCCAACAUUUUUAGGAGACUUUAAUUUAGAAGGCAGAAUGUUGAGGGAAAAAGGUAUUAAUCGAAUAGGAAAUCUGUUGGUUCCAAAUGAUAAUUACUGCCUGUUUGAGCAGUGGGUUCUUCCAAUUUUUGAUCAGAUGUUAAUUGAGCAAAAAGGAAAAGAAAUUUUAUGGACCCCAAGUAAACUAAUCAGCAGAUUAGGCCAAGAAAUUAAUAACGAAGAUAGCAUAUACUACUGGGCUUAUAAAAAUAAAAUACCAGUAUUUUGCCCGGGUUUAACAGAUGGGAGUAUUGGAGAUAUGUUGUUUCUACAUACUUUUAGAAAUGCUGGACUUGUACUUGAUAUUAUACAAGAUGUUAGAAGAAUAAAUCUGAUGGCUAUUAAAGCUGUAAAUAAUGGAAUGAUUAUAUUAGGUGGCGGCAUCAUCAAACAUCAUAUUUGUAAUGCAAAUUUAAUGAAAAAUGGUGCAGAUUUUGCAGUAUUUGUCAAUACGGCCACAGAAUAUGAUGGAAGUGAUUCAGGAGCAAGACCCGAUGAAGCAAAAUCAUGGGGCAAAAUUAAAAAAGAUGCCAACCCAGUAAAAAUUUACGGAGAAGCUACACUCAUUUUCCCCCUAUUAGUUGCUCAAACAUUUGCAAAAAGUUUUUUCAAGGAAACAUAAAAAAUAGGAUUUUUCUUAAUAAAUAUCUUUAAUUUGCUUAAACAGAAACUAAAAAGUUGAAAUAUAUAAUAAACAUUUAAAUUACAUCAAAAAUAUAACCCAAGAAAAGAAAAUAUAUACAAGAAAAAAACAUAAUAACACUCCACAAAGAAUUUACUACGAUUUCUACAUUUCUUUUAUCAGACAAAAAGCAAUUAUUUCUUCAUUAAAAGAAACAACACUAAAAAGGUUUGUCCAUACUAAAACUUAUUUGUUAUAUUUUAUAAAUAUCGUAGAAUUCUCUAUAUUAAUCAAUUUAUAUAAAUUCAUGUAUGUAUAUAGCAAAAACCAUAUAAAAAUGAAAGAAUUUAUCGCCAAAAGUCGACUUCAAAACAUUAUUAUUUCUUAAGAAAAUUAUUAAGAGUUAUUACUGAAAUCUUGUGAGUUUUUGAUUGUUACUUUUUAUAUUAAAUUAAUCUUAGAUCAGAAAAAAAAUAAAGAUUAUUAUUAUAGAAU